AUGAAGCCUUUUUCUCUCUUGACACCUAUACUUUUGUACCUUCAUCUUCUUUUUGUGUUUACUUCAAAUUUAAUGUGGUUUGGUCCAAACAAAGUUUUGGCAGUGACAUUAGGAAACCAAACAGAUCAUUUGGCAUUGCUCAAAUUCAAAGAAUCAAUAUCUAGUUAUCCAUAUGGAUCUCUUGAGUCUUGGAAUACUUCCAUUCACUUCUGUAAGUGGUAUGGAAUCACAUGCAGCCCCUUGCAUCAAAGAGUUAUAAAGUUGAACUUAACAGGAAAUCAGUUACAUGGAUCCUUGUCUCCCCAUGUUGGCAAUCUUUCUUUUCUGAUAUAUCUCAACCUUAACAACAACAGCUUCUUUGGAGAAAUAUCACAGGAGUUGGGUCAGUUGCUACAAUUGCAACAACUUCAUCUUGCCGAUAACUCCUUUACGGGUGAAUUUCCUAAAAACUUGACAUAUUGUUCCAAUCUCAAUGGCUUGUUUUUGGCAGGGAACAGUUUGAUUGGCAAAAUACCAAUUGAAAUCGGCUCUUUGAAAAAGCUUCAAACGUUCAACUUUUGGAAAAACAAUUUAACUGGAGGAAUCCCUUCAAGCAUAGGGAAUCUUUCAUUCUUAACCAUCUUAGUAUUUGACUAUAACAACUUAGAGGGAGAUAUUCCACAAGACAUAUGCGCCUUCAAAAACUUGACAAUUUUAACUGGCGCUGUGAACAAUUUGUCAGGUAUGGUUCCUUCUUGUCUUUACAAUAUGUCAUCACUUACUGCGCUCGUAACAACAAAGAAUUUCAUUUAUGGUUCUCUUCCAUCCAACAUGUUCCUCACCCUUUCCAAGCUCGAACAUUUUCUAAUAGGAGGGAAUCAAUUCUUUGGCCCAAUUCCAACUUCAAUUAUAAAUGCAUCUUCCUUUGUAGAAUUUGAUAUCAGUCAAAAUCAGUUUGUCGGACAAGUUCCAAAUCUAGAAAGGCUAAAAGAUCUGCAAUAUUUGAAUUUGGAAUACAACCAUUUAGGUGGUAAUUCAACUAAUGAUAUGGAAUUCUUACAUUCUUUGGCAAACUGUACUAAGUUGUAUAUGUUUUCUAUAUUCCAUAAUAAUUUUCACGGCAUUCUCCCAAGUGCCAUAGGAAAUUUAUCCAUUGAACUCAAUGAACUAUAUCUUGGGUUCAACAAGAUAUCAGGACAAAUUCCUGCAAAAUUAGGACAUCUAACUGGUUUAACUCUCUUGGGCUUGCAAUUCAACUACUUUGAAGGAAUGGUUCCCACUACUUUUGGGAAAUUCCAAAAGAUGCAACGAUUACAAUUGUGGAUAGAAACAUGCUAUUAG